GUCAUAUUCACAAUGGCGGAGGCAGGGUGAAGAGUAGAGUGUGUCAGUUAAGUGGCGCAGUAACCAACUACAUUGCCCGCGAAAGACGCUAACGGUGCCCGAAAAAUGGCCCUGAACCCCAAAGUGGAGAGAAAAACUGACAUAGAGUGUUCGAAGACCGGUGAGCUCGACUUGGAGAGCGGCAAUAGCAAGACAAAUUCGUUGUCAGCCGCCAUCUCGGCCACAUCCAACCAAAAUGGCGAUCAGACUGGAUGUGAAGACGGUGUAAUGCCCGAACAAGAAGCCUCUGAGCGGCGGAGGAGCGGGCAGACGACCGCGAGAAGCUCCAAUAAUUCACCGUUACCCGGCCAGAGACAGGCUGAAGAGUUGCCAAGGAGAAAUUUUCAGAUCCCGAGGAAGAUCAAGGAACGGAAAGGCCUGUACCAGUUUCUGGCCCCUGACUCCCGGGAAUUUGAGGGCCUUGUGAAGAUCCUCUCCUCCUUCUACCUGGAUGCAUCGUCCAGAGGGACAUUCUCCUACUGCAAGGCCAGGCUCAUUCACAAUGAGCUGCUGGAGAAAGAGUUCAUUGAGAAGAGGAGGGAGCUGAAGCAGGAGGGCCGUACAGACCCAGAGCUGGUGGAGUCCUACUGCUUCCUGUUCCCAGACAAGUCCAAGCUCCCUUGGAUAUGUGAGAAGGGUCUGUCUGUGGGACACUCCAGGAUCACUACACUAGGAAAUCCAGCAAUGGGUGUUUAUCUGUCCAAAUUCUCUGAUUUGCUUCAAAUGAACCCGUUUGAAGCAGGCACCUGUGGAGACAUUGUCAUAUUUAAAGUCAUGAGGGGCCGGCUGAAGAGCAUCUUUGAGAACAUGCCUAAGAGUGUCCUGGACCCCACGCCCAAGUUUGACUGUCACGUCUCCAAGAACGCCACGCGGGUCACCUCGUUGCUGUCCUACAGGGCUUUUGAACUCACGCAGCAGUACUUCUAUGAGUUUGCUUUUGAUGAGAUCAAGCAUCGGCCCAGGCAUGUGUGUCCAUACGCUGUGGUGUCUUUCCAGUACAAAGGCAAGGAGUCCGCUGCUGCACCUAUGGCUGCACACAGGUUCAACAGCACUGUCUGUGAAGGAGGAAGCAAAGGGAUGAGUAGCUACACUGUGUGGAGUGGGCCGCUGGUGAACAAGGGACAGGAGUUGUGCCAGGUGUCUCUGCUCUCCUUUACACGCCACUUCCUCCCUUUCAAACUAACGGAGACGUUGGAGAUGAGUAUGGGGAUGCAGCUGGACCAGGUGAAGAGGAAGAUCCCCUCUGUUCUGUUCUCCUGGGACACCUACAGCAGAACCAGAGAAGUGCUGAAGUGUGGGAUCUACUGCAGCCUGUUUGAGGUGGUGGAUUGGAAGGGCAAGGCGAGCAGCAGCACUCUCUCAGGACUCAUACAUAAACUGGAGAGAGAGAGGAUGGUGCUAGUGAAGCCUUUAGUUGACAAAGGUUUUCUCUUCCUCCUGUCAUCUGCUCAGAUGGUCAGUCCCAACGACCGUCGGGGGAGGGUUGAGAAGAGCCUGCAGGCACUGUUUGUCUUUCAGGAGUCCAGGGGAGUCGCCAAGUUCACGCCCAGACUGUCAGAGCAGGAGCCCCUGUCAGCUGAGCCCCUGCCCCCUCUCCUGGCCUCCAUGGACCCCUUCAUCCCAGCCCUGCACUAUGCCCUGCUCAAGAUGCGCUCCACCCCCGAUAACAAGCACCUCAGCACCGUGGUGGAGCGCCAGGCCUUAGACUACCUGACCAGGAGGGACAGCGGCCGGGCCUUCCUCCUCCCAGAGUACCAACAGACCCUGGACGAGAGGGGCAGCGUGCACCCCGCGCCCCGCCCCAAAUCCAACAUGGAGGGCCUGCUGCGCUCCUACCUCCACGGCCUCUCCUCGGCCUACGUCCUCCCCAUUGUCAAGGCCAGGGACAUGAUGGACAGGAUCAACCAGCCUCCGCCUGCCCCGGCCCCAACCAUCCCGGAUUACAGCCCUGUGUCAGACUGGGGGGGCUCAGGAGGGUCAGACAGACCAGAGAGGGUGGAGAGGCAACCUCCAGAGAGACCAGAGAGCAGCAGGAGGAGAGGGGGGCCGUCCCAGACCCAUUCUAACGGGGCCGCAGCAGGGACAGGGGCCCCGGCCCAGAGGUCAAGGCUGGCCCAGAGUGAGUACGAUAAGGACAAGAUGAAAGAGCUGCUGAAGCUGAUCCAGCUGCAUAAGGCCCUGGUGAAGGAGCCAGGAGGGAAGGAGAGGGCCGAGGGCGGUGACGACGGGGGCUGGGAGGGCCCCCACGGCCUCAAGAGGAAGCUAGAGGAGGACGAAUCAGGGGCCAUGUCUAAAUACCUACGGGGAGCCCACUUCAGCAACGGAGAGCCCAGUAGAGUAGCCCAGGGGGGGGAGGGAGAGAACUACAACCUGGCAGCAGUAAUGGAAAGUAUGGGGAUCACUGACCUAAGGGACAGGGGCAACACUUCCCAGGCUGCCUCAGCCAACGAGACACAGCGCCUGCUCAAGAUCCUGCUCUCCACCCUCAACAAGGCCAUGGCUCAGGGCGCUGCCGCGGCCCCCUCCUACCUGCCCGAACACGGGGAGCCCUCCAUGGGCUCGGCCUGCGCGGAGAAGCCGAAUGAAGGGCGAGUGGAGCAGGCCCGACAGGACUUCUUGGAGGAGCAGACGGCGUGCAGUCUGGCCAGCCCCUUCAGCCCCGACUCUCCAGGACAACAACCACACACCUCAGACAACCCAUCACUCACCUGGGAACUGGCCUCUCACACAGACAAACCUAUCCCCUUCUUUGAAUCUCAGAACGAUGGCGACCUCGAGCAGAGGAAAGUUCUGGAGGUGGGUGAGAGAGGUCCGAGAGGUGCCUCCCUGGAGCGGGAGAGGGUAACCAAGGAAGCCUCAAUAGAUAGGGUAGCCAAGGGGGCUUCCUUAGAGAGGGAGAGGGUAGCCAGGCCACCCAGCACUCUGGACACCAUCGUAAGCCAGGAGCUCCACUGCCUCUUCAACUCCAUCCAGGGCCUCAUGGACAGCCAGAAGAUCUACUACAACUCCCAGCUGCCCUCACGGCUGUCCCCGCGCCACACCUGGCAGCCCAACUGCUCCUUCUCAGACUUUGUGGCGCCCUAUGUCGUGUCUGUCCCUGUCCAGGGCCACGUCAACACCCUGUGUGAGAGAAUGGGCCGACUGGUGCCCAAACCUCGCCACACUGACUCUGCUAAAGCACCUGGGGCUCGUUCUACCCUCCAUGCUCCCUCCGCCACCGUGCCACCCCCUCCACACACCCUCAACCCCACCCAUCCUAUUCCCUCUUUCCCUCCCCCACCCCAUUCUCUCACCUCCAUCCCUCACCUUCCUUCGAUCCAUCACCUUCCACCCCCGCCUGCCCUCGUCCACUCUCCCGCCCCUAUCCUCAUCACGUCCCCGACCCCCAAGCCUGUCCCCAAAACCAAAGCACAGCCCCCUCAGGCUAAGAGCUCCUCUUCCUCCCAGAGCCGGCCCAAACCGGACCCAUUCAUACAGACACACAAGAACCCCUCUGCAGCACAGAAGCCCUCCACUGAGAGGAAGUCAGAACCAUCUGCCUCAAAGAGAGAGGUCUACUCCCCCUCCCAGGCCUCAAUGGACUCCUCAGACUCCACCCCAAAACGGCCUAAACAAGCUGCCAUCAUAGCCCCCUCUCCUCUGACCCCGGCAUCAGCCGCUGGACUACUGAUGGGCCAGCUGAAGCCUGAGGUGUUCAGCAGCCUGGUGGAGAUCUUCAAGGACGUGCAGAGGAACACGGUCAGAUUCUACAUCCACUCUGGAGAGGAGGAGGAGGAGAGUGACGUCUGUGUGGAGAUCAAGGAGUACUUGCUGAGCCUGGGCAACACAGAGUGUAACCCCCAGAUGUUCCUGGAGAAUAACAGCAGUCUGGAUAAGCUGCUCAUCGUCAUUCAGAACGAAGACAUCUCAGCCCAUGUCAACAAGAUCCCAGCCCUGGUGUCGUUGAAGAAGCUGUCCACGGUGAGCUUUGCGGGAGUGGACAGUCUGGACGAUGUGAAGAACCACACCUACAACGAGCUCUUCGUCUCCGGAGGAUUCAUCGUGUCUGAUGAGUUUGUCCUCAACCCAGACUUCAUAACACACGACCGGUUGCAGGCGUUCCUGCGGUUCCUAGAGGAGCAGAGCUCUCCAGAGAACCCCUGGCAGUGGAAGAUCCACAACAAGUCCCAGAAGAAACUCAAAGAGCUGGGCAGGUUGAAUGGUGAUGCCAUGGCUCUCCUCAACCUGCUGACAGCCUAUCAGAAGAAGCACCUGGUGGAGUUCCUGCCUUAUCACGAGUGUGACGCCCAAUCACGUCAGGCCCCUGAUCUGGACUGCCUGGUCAAGCUCCAGGCUAACCACACCCAGCACCGCCACUUUAUCUUCCUCACAGAGAGGCGCUUUGAGAUGUUCAUGCAGUACUCCAGGAACGGCAUAGUGAUCGCCAGCAUUGAUGACAUCAUGACCAGUUUCCACAACCUGAUUGGCUCCAGAGAUCAGAAAGAGCUGGCCACACCGCCCUCUACUGUAGAGCAUGAUGAGUGUAUAGAAGAGGAGGAUAUGUCGCUGGACUCUGAUGACGACAGCCACAACCAGGUGAUCGUCGAGCAUCCUGCCCAAACCCAGGAGGGGGGAGCAGGAGGGGGGGGCAUGGGGGACCCGACCCAGCAGCCCCCCUUACCCGAGUCAGACGAGUUCCGACCCCCUCUCCCCGACCAGCUCAACACCUCUGGCCGACACACCCCCUCCUCCCUCUCCUACUCCAGCAGCACCCCCAACCUUUCCAACUUCGCUGCUCUCAAAUCAGCCAUCUCCCAGUUCAAAGCCUCCAACCAGGUUGGUAGGGCGGACAUAGGCAGCACUUCGCCAGGAGGGUUUUCUGUCAACCCCCACCAGAGCUUCCUGUGUCCGUCCACCCAGUGGGUGUCCUACUCUGGCUCCUCCGGCUACACGGCUUCCCCAGCCUAUCCCGCCUCGCCCUGCAGCAGCACCCAGGAACAGGACUACAGAAACCCAGCCGCAGUACCUACUACAGCCCCAGGCUCCACUCUCACCACAGGGCCUCUGACCAGCCAGGCCCCCCUCACCCUACUGGACAUCCCCCAGCCUCCCCCGCCUCCUCCACAUCUCAUGAUGGGUGGGACUCUGUCCCAGUCGUUUAGCCUGCCUGGCUCUAGCUCUGUUAGUGGAGCAGCCGGGGUUGCUGUUGGAGCAUCCUUCUCUACAGUCAGCAGCACUAGCACUCUGCCCAGCACAGCCAUAGGGGCCUCUUCCUCUUCUCUCUCCACUGCACUAACAUACUCUGACCCUGCUGUUGCCACCACAGCCUCCUUAGGCCUGGGCUAUACUCAGAGCGACAUGGCCCAGCUUGGCUACCCGGCAGGGGUCAGCUCCAGCGCUAAUGGGACCCCCACCCAGCAGGGGGACAGGAGACUCAGUGGGCCCGGGGAGAGCCUAUGGGGGUUAGGAGGAGGAACCCCUAACAGCCAGGGAGGGGCCACGCCUGGCUCGGUCUCCCACAGCGGUCUCACCCAAGGUGGGGAGAGGGAGAGGACAGGCACUCCUGGUGGCAGUACCCCUGGAAGUCAGGGGGGAAGGACUCCAGUGAACAGUGUAGAAAGCCUUGGAGCGGGCAUGGCUGUUCCCUCUGUGGCCACCAGGGGGGGCUCUAUAGCUAGGCCCAUGCUGCCCAUCCAUGGAGGGACUGGAGGUAGUCGAGGCGUCGAGGCCAGUGUCCAUCCACUCAGCGGUGGUGGCUACGGCUGUUUAGGUGCCAUGCCUGGACAGAUGGGUAUGGGUCGCGGGGGUAUGGGUCCCGGGUCAUUAGGGGGGUACCGAGGGAGAGGAGCCCCACAGGGAGGUCUCUGGCCAAGGCCGGGAGGAGGACCCGAGCGGCCGGAUGGAGGUGGACCCUGCGGACCCUCCUGGGGUUACCCGAAGGGGAGGGAAGAGGGACAAGAUUACUACUCAGAUUACACAUACUCACACAACUACUCCCCCUGAACAGACAAUCAUGAUUACAGAGGGGUUAACGGACACGCCACACUCAGAGACUGGUAGAGCUGGCUGAAUGUACAUAUUUACUUGUCAAACUCUUUGAAUUGAUAAUAGUCAGAAAGAUCCUGGUUUUUUACAAAUAAACUUGAUACAGGCAGGGCCGAGUGUCGAUACUGUCGUAACCGUACGCUCUUUACAUGUAAGCUGUUUCAGACCCCUGUUCCGACCACUAUAUUUAUAAUUGUCAAGAAAUGUAAUGGCCUUCCAAGCGUCUCGGUUUUGUUUUAUUUUUUAUUCUUUGUUUUUUUCCCGGUUUUGAAACGGUUUGUGAACAAGGGGGAAAAGGCAGACUAUUUUUUUAAAGAAAGAAAAAAGAGAAGUGAAAGGCACACCACUUUCGCUGUUGGUUUUCUUUUUUACAUCCUUGGUUGUUCCCCAAAAAAUAUCUAUUAAAAUAAACAUGUUUCAAAUCGUA